AUUUAGUGUUAACUGCUAGAGAGGAGGAAAGUACACUGUUUUCAGGAUGAUUUUAGGAUUUGCCUUGCUGUUUGUUCUUACGGAUAUAACAGCAGAGUUUGGGACUACACCAAAUCUUAAACAGAUCGUCAUUGGACGGUGUUUUGAAUAUGUAACUCUGGCUAAUCUCAACCCCAGGUAUAAUUGUGAGAAGAUAUGGCAGGAGUUUGAAAAGGCUGUGGUUAGGUCAUCACCCUGCGAUGUUACAGUUAAAGAUUACCAAAAAAUGUUCCAGGUCAUCACUCAGACUUUACCAUGUGGCAAGUUGCUGUUCUGGAGUAAGACAAGAGACCUCAUGCACAGCUAUGUAGCUGUCACAGGAUCCUUCUGGACGUUAGAAGACACACUGCUGGGAUUCAUGUUCAAUGAUUUGAUCUGGUGUGGACAGCAGGAGAGAGAGAGAGGUUUUGACUAUCAGUCCUGUCCAAAAUGGUCAGCGUGUUUGAACCAUCCUGUGUAUUCACUUUGGAAGCAGGCUUCUCAGAAUUUUGCUAUGGCUGCAUGUGGAAAUAUUACAGUCUUGCUAAAUGGAUCAAUUCAUCAUGCUUUCAACAAAAAAAGCAUGUUUGGCAGUGUGGAACUGGAAAAUCUAAACCCAAGGAUGGUCACUCAUGUACACAUUAAAGUCAUCUACAACUUAGAGGGACCCUUUUUGGAGUCUUGCACUCAGGGAUCCAUCCUUGGACUUAUAGAGGUUUUUAAAAAACAAGGGUUCCACUGGACCUGCACAGACAAUGACUUGUAUGUUUGA